UACACGCUGUUGGUUGCGUUGCGUUCGUUUUCUUCGGAAAUAAAUUAACAAUUUCCCAACAGAAAUGGAGCAUUACGUGAAAAUGGAAGAUGGCAAGGUGAUGCCAAUCCAGGAAAUGCUGAAAAGCAUCGAAAGAUACAAUCCGGAGCAUCUGAAAGUAAUCGAGGGAUAUGUUGAGGAGCAGGCUCGGGAAAAUCAGAAUGAUUUGGAGGCGAACCUUGCAUGUCUGAAGCUGUACCAGUUCAAUCCUCACCUAUUGAAUCUGAACGUGACGUACAUCAUUUUGCUGAAAGCCCUCACUAACUUCCCGCACACCGAUUUUGUUUUGUGCAAGUGUUUGCUUCUGCCCGCCCAGAUGAACGAUGAAACGGUGAAGGAUAUCAUCUAUCUCGCCGAUAUUCUAGAAAAGUGCGAUUUCGCUCUGUUCUGGUCGCGCGUCACGAAGCACCCGGAAAACUUCCAAAAGAUCAACGGCUUCUACGAUUCCAUCCGCAAGUUUGUGUGUCACGUAGUGGGCAUCACUUUCCAGACGAUCGAAAAGGGCUACCUGAUGCGGUUGCUGGGCAACGUUGAGGAGAACGUGUUGCGCUCGUGGCUCAAGCGGUACGGCUGGAAAGAGGAAGGAGGACUCGUCACCAUCGCCACCCAAGAGGACAACAUCAAAACGAAGCACAUUACCGAAAAGAUUGAAUUCGAUAACCUGGCUCCACUGAUGGCCAACUGCCUGUAGAGCGGACCAAGAAUGCAUUUCGGAGAAAUAAAUUAUAACAGUAAU